UGGCCUGAGAAUAAAACUGUUCAUGCAAUGAAUUCAUCAGACAUAAAUAAGAAGCUGGUUUCCCUCUAACAGCAAGAAGUCUGAAGAAGCUACCAUUGAAAAAGACAUCAUGAAGACUCUUCCAGUUAUUCUGCUUCUGGCACUGGCAGCUGCAGUAGCCUUUGCAUAUGACUCAUAUGAGAGCCACGAAUCGCUUGAAGUAUAUGAUCCCUUCCUUAACUCAAGAAAAGCCAACUCAUUUAUGAAUUCCCAGGCCAAAAACCAGCGUAUGAAUGAGAGAAUCCGUGAGCGCAACAAGAGCCCACGAGAGCGCCAACGAGAAGCCUGUGAAGACUAUGAUCCUUGUGAACGAUAUGCUUUGCGUUAUGGGUUCACUGCUGCCUACAAGCGUUACUUUGGACAGCGCCGUGGAGAGAAAAAGUAGAGAAGAACCAUAAAGAAGAACAACAUUUAUGUAGAAGAAAGGAUUAAAGCGUCUGCACGUUCUACUAUGUAGUGAGACACUUCUGCACUCUGUCCUUGCUCUACCCAACAAGAUAAUCCCUAUGUCUCUAUGUUGCAGUCACUUCCCAUGUGUAAAAUAAAUUGCAUUAAUACAUUGCAUUAAUUCUGACAUAUUGUUCAAGCUAAAUUCUCUUUCUUUUAGAAAAUGUCUUGGUUUUAAAAAAUAAAAUGCUGCUUUUAUAAAUAAAA